UUCGUUUUAUUUAAUCUCAGUUUUUGUCUUUCUUUUUUAAGAUUACAGAGAGCCGGACAUUUCCACAAACGAAGAUGCAGACAUGGCGAUCAUCGGUGAUUUAUCCUUCGUUUGUCCUUUUUUUGUUGAUUUCAUCGUAUCAGAAUCAGAAGCUCGAGUUCUUGUUUUGAUUGGAUAGAGCCGAGCCGCCACUGAACAGAAGAAGCUGUGAAGGAAGGUGAUGAAUGUUCAGAUCGAUUUGAUCCAUGUCAUCAACGAUGAUUUCUUACGGAUUAAGCUUGCUUCUGGUGAUAAUCGGAACCGCCAAAUUCGCUUCCACCAUCGCCGACAGUUGUGACGGCGUCUGCGGUCGGAAGACGCUGCCUUACCCGUUCGGUUUCUCGCCCGGUUGCCCGAUCCAGUUCAACUGCUCCGGCGGCGUCGCGAAUAUCGGAGAGUUCUCCGUCCAGAACGUGACGGAGGAAAGCAUAUUCGUCGGGGUUCCCGCCGAAUGCCGACGCUCGAUCGAGAAAUUGAAGCCACUCUUCGGUGAGCUCCACGCGCCGACGUCGGAGAACAGCUUCCUGGUGGAGCAAUGCAAGAGCUCGUCGGAAGAAACCUGCUCGAUCAAGCAGAAGUUCCUGGAGAGCCAACUGAAGCUGCGAAGCUGCGAUUCCGAUGGAAACAUAAGCUGCUACUCUCUGGACACGAACAUCACCAAGUUCUUCAGCUUCGAGAAUCUGACACGGACCUCGUGCCGGUCUCUGUUCUCGUCGAUAGCGUUUGAAUCCGUGGGCGAGAAUUCCGCCAUAGCCCUCGAGUUCGAGCGACUUCGUCUGGGUUGGUGGCUAAAGGGACGAUGCAGAAAGGGGACAUGCUCAGAAGGUGCAAACUGCACAGAUGUCGCCAUUGCAGAUAGUUAUCAUGGGCAUAGGUGCUCGUGCCCGGAAGGUUACAUCGGAGAUGGGUUCACAAAUGGCGUUCCUUGCCGGAGAGCACCAGGGGAUUGCCAUGGCUCCAAGCUCGUAUCCAGCCAUUGCAGAGGAGCUAAAUUUGGUAUUCUUAUAGGAGGAACUGUGGCCGGAGCUUCCUUGAUGGCUGUCUUAGCUCUGUUGAUCUUUUGUAUCCGGAGACGGUCCAUUUCUUCGAGAAACUUGUUAAGGGCAAAACGCCUUUUGAAUGAAGCUGCCGGCAACUCGAGUGUUCCUUUCUUCCCUUACAAGGAGAUCGAGAAAGCCACCAGUGGUUUCUCAGACAAGCAGAGGCUAGGAACAGGAGCUUAUGGUACUGUGUAUGCAGGAAAGCUCCAAGAUGAUGAAUGGGUUGCCUUCAAAAGACUCAGACAGAGAGACUCAGAUAGCAUUGACCAAGUCAAGAAUGAGAUCAAGCUCCUUUCCUCGGUGAGCCACCCGAAUCUUGUCCGGCUCUUAGGCUGCUGUGUCGAACAAGGUGAGCCGGUACUUGUCUACGAGUUCAUGCCUAAUGGAACUCUAUCUCAACACCUUCAAAGAGAAAGAGGGAAUGGCCUUCCAUGGAUGGUCCGACUCACCAUUGCCAAUCAAACCGCCAAAGGUAUAGCUUAUCUCCACUCUGCCAUGAACCCGCCCAUCUAUCACCGCGACAUCAAAUCCAGCAAUAUUCUAUUGGAUUACGACUGCAACUCCAAAGUUGCGGAUUUCGGGCUUUCUAGAAUGGGCAUGACAGAAUCCUCCCACAUAUCAACAGCUCCUCAAGGGACUCCUGGUUAUCUUGACCCUCAAUACCAUCAAUGCUUCCAUCUUUCUGAUAAGAGCGAUGUGUACAGCUUUGGAGUCGUCCUCGUGGAGAUUAUAACGGCGCUAAAGGUUGUCGAUUUCAAUCGUCCGCACAGCGAAAUCAAUCUGGCGGCUCUUGCUAUCGAAAAGAUCAGAUCAGGAUGCAUCGACGAGAUCAUAGACCCGAUCCUCGAACCAAAUCUUGAUGACUGGACACUUUCAUCAAUACAUAGCAUGGCCGAGCUUGCAUUCAGGUGCCUAGCCUUUCACAGAGACAUGAGGCCAACUAUGAUGGAAGUAGCAGACGAGCUAGAACAGUUAAUGCUUGGAUCGUGGAUUUCACGGACUGUUUCACAGCGAUCAUCUGACCCCGGAAGCCAAAGAUCGACGAGAAAGUCGUCAUCGAUAGGAAGCAUAAGGCUCGUGGUUCAUCAGAAGCCACCUGAUCGUCUCGAGUCCAUGGAUGAGAUUCAGGACAGUUCUCCCGUAUCGGUUCAAGACCCGUGGCUAAGUGACCAAAGCUCGCCUUCUGCCAACAGCUUACUGGGUAACAUGCCUCGGUAAUAAUCUCCCUGAACUUAAAAACUGUUUAUAAAUCUUCUGUAAACAUCUUCCAAACAUUAUUCAAUGCUCAUAAACGGUAGAAGCAGGGUCAUGAUGAAUAUAAAUUUCAUCUUCUAUAUGUAAAGAGAGUUGACAUAUUCUAUGUACCAUUCCCUGAACUAAUAACAAAUCUAUACAAAUGUCAUAUUUUUCCCAUU